AUGAGCGGUGGACCGUGGAUGUGGUGAGCUGUGAGGGAGAGAACGAUCACCCGUUGGAGACCUUCAGGGUAACGAAGAACCUAGGUCGGGUGUGUCCAAUAGUCCCAGGUUGUAAGCGCUUGAGGGUCAACGGGACAUAUUCGCCCCCCUUUACCACCGCGGGGGAACACCUUGACAACCUGAGUGUGUAUUUCCAGUGUUUCGACGACGAGAAUUUGAACCUGGCCAUAGUACCUGACCCGCGAGUGAAGACCUGGAACUUGUAUGUGUUCCGCUGCCGUCCUGAACAGCCACGACCACGGGAAGGAGACUGUCCAGUAACCAGUUAUGACAAAGUCGGCAACAACACGUAUCUGCAUAUCAAGAGUCGCUUCCUACCGAACUCCGUCUAUUAUUUCAUACUUGAGCCAAUCAGCAUGGACCCACAAUGCCUCCUACAGUCAAGCAUCGUGCCCUUCCCUGCAGAGGGUCGGGUACCUCAGCUCUCACCUCAGACCGCUCCGUCGAUGGCCCCCAAGUUGCCGUGGUGGACGACUAACCUGAAGGUGGUGCUGUUGGUGGUGGCGAUGUGCAUCACUUGCAUCCUGGGCAUGUUAGCUGCUGCCUUUUCUAUCAGGUGCAAGAUCACACACUCGGUCACUCCUCCAGCUCCUCACACCUACAAGAGGAAUGAAGAAGAAGAGAAGGAGUGUGAUCGACCCUCCGUCUUGUUGCUGUACAGUCGGGACUCACCAACACACCUGUCCCGCGUACAACACCUGUCCUCCCGCUUCACACAACACCUAGGCUGUCAGGUACACGACAUAUACGUUGCUAAUGACAUCAAUCAGCUGGCCGACCCCUGUGAGUGGCUGCUGGGGAAACUGUCUGAUGGCCGAUCUUCUGUCAAGGUGGUGCUCCUGUUGUCUCCCUGGGUGACGAGGCUGCUGCAGGCGCUAGUGGACGGCAAACCACCCCCAGUGAUGGAGAGUGACCCCGAGGAGACAAGAUUCCACACCAACCUCCUGACGGCGGCGCUGAGGAGACUUCUAGCUCAGGACCUCACAAGGGACUACCAUCGUGUGUUCGUCGUCAGCCUGGGGGAGACAGUGAGUGAGGUAAAGACGGAUCUUAACCUUCUAGUGGAGAGCAAACGUUACCGCCUCCCCCUCCACUGGCAACAGCUCGCCGCCUCCAUCUUAGACAGUAAACACGCCCAACCUCACCACCUCUGUUGAACGUCUCUGAAGCUCACCAAAUUUUGACUUACUCCUCGAUUGACUCCUUAUGAUGAUGAAAUACUAAGGUUAGGGACUCAGGAAUCUCGAUGGCUUUAUAAUACUUACUCGAACCUGAUGCGGUGAGAAUGUAUCCAACGGUAGACUGGAGCUAAAACACACAAAAAAAUAUAAAACACAAUCAUUGGAAUUAUUAUACGUUGUUUUUAAAUAGAUACGUUCAUUUUACAUUAAAUUCAAUAUUGUUUGGUGCCAAGUGAACGUAUUUAAGUAAAGUAGAGUUUUAUUAUAUUUUGUUAUGGUUUUACGCUGUUUUUAUGCCUUAAACUAAAGUAAAUCAAGAAUAUUUCCCAAGAAUGUUUGAGAAUGUUGGCCAGCAUAAAUCACUUGAAGUCGAGACCUCACAUGAAGUAAUUAUCCUCACUCACGUCUUGACUCGCUGUGUACCCUAUGUCCGCCCGGCCUCAUGAACCAACUGGCCUCAUGUUAAG